GGGAAAUAUCAAGAUCUUUCUGGAUUGAUGCGUCGCAUACAGAUACAGCACGGUCACAAGGGACCAACGUUGCCUCCAGAUCAGUUCAACCUCUUGUCCGGAUGUAAGCGUUGUAAAUACGUGUAGGAUAUCAGGAGUUCUUGAAUAGCGCCAUACUCACCCCAAUCAUACAUCACUCCAACAAAGGCGGCAACUACAAAAUAGCCAAAAUUUUGGUAUGAAUUGAUGGCCAGCCACCAUGUGGGAUCAUCUAGGACUAUGCUCAUGUUUAUAUAUGAACUCAAUCCAGGCACUCAACGUAGACUCGAAUGUUGGUCAUGAAGGAGUACACCUCUUCACCACGCAUUCUAAUGCGUGGUUCACCAUGCUCGUUAUAGCCAGCGGCGCACGCACCUUUUUUCAUUCCCCUCCUUGCCCCGUUGUGUUCUGGCCUUCCCCGAGUGCCAGGGAUCCUCGUAUGUCUUAGAGCGGCACGGUAGAACUAUUUUGAAGUAGUUCCGCCGGUAGAACUGGCAAAAAUCUGGCAGAACAUGGUUCUGCCAUUGAAUAACAAGAUAAACGUC